AUGGCGUCAAAGUAUCAAGAAGAUAGUGCUACAAUAAAAGGUAGUCUACGAUAUUUUGAUGUUCAAAAUGAGCCACAUAAAAUGUUGUUGCCCAUCGAAGGCUACGAAUACCUUCCACUGAUGCCACUUGAAGAGACAGUGAAAUCCCUUGAACAACUCAUCCCUAACAUUCAACGAAAAGUUUAUAUAGCCCAACAAAAUAGUGAAGAACCACGAGACAAUCUGACCGUUAAUGAAUCAGCGGCCAUUCAACUCUAUACAAUGGAAUGGGAACCAUAUUCUCAAUGCCUCUAUUUUGUCUUGAACUCGGCAUUACGCUCGGAAAAUCGACAACAGUUGAAACCAUUCUUCGCUUACUUGAAACUUCUUUUAACGGCACUAUUCAAACUACCAUCGGAGAAACGGAGGGUUUAUCGUGGUACUAACCUGGAUUUAUCUGCACAAUAUGCGAAAGGCACGACGGUGACGUGGUGGGGUCUUACUUCAUGUACAGAGUAUCGUGAUAAUCUCGAGUCUCCGCAAUUUCUUGAUAAGCGCGGCAUACGUACAUUAUUUAUUAUUGAAUGUGAAAAUGGCAAAAUGAUUCGUCAUCACUCGUUCUCAGCUAAUGAAAAUGAAAUUCUUCUUUCUCCAGGCACACAAUUCACGGUUGUUGAUAACUACGUUGAGAGAUUAAACACGCACAUUAUUCAUCUUCGCGAAGUUACCCGACCAUUUCGUCCGUUACAAUCACCAUUUGUUUCAUCAAGCGAUAGUCCCACAAUAUCAGUGAAAGAGAAAAACGAAAUGGACAUUUGCAAACCAUCCCACCCAUCAAUUUCUAGUAAGUCCUUGAUAUUAGACGUCACCACAGUUAUACCUUCCCAGUAUCGAAACAAGUGGCUGGAGGACGAAAUUAAUAAGCGUCGAACUGACGAGAUUAUACUCUUGUCAGAGAAGCGGUUGGCAGAUCAAGAUGUUGAAAUGAUCGCUGAAAAAUUACAAAAGAACACAAAAUGGCGUCAACUGUGGUUACAUAGCAAUCAAAUAAUGUGGUUGGGAGGAAAAUAUUUGAGUGAGGCGUUAACAAUGAAUUCAACAUUAGAACAACUUUGGCUUGGUGAUAACAGUAUACGAGAUCGAGGUGUAAAAUGGAUAGCUAUGGCACUAAAAACGAAUAAAAAACUAAAAGUGAUUGCCCUCAAUCAUAAUGGAAUUGGCGAUGAUGGCUGCCGAGAACUGAGUGAAAUGUUAAAAGUAAACCAAACAUUAGAACAACUAAUACUUAGUAUGAAUAAAAUAACGGAUAAAGGAGCAAAAUUCAUCGCAGAUGCAUUAGCUGCUAAUACUACACUAACACAUUUGUAUCUUAACAACAAUCAAAUAACUAACAGUAGCAUUGAUAUUCUGUGUGAAGCAUUGAAAAGAAAUCGAGUUUUAAUUGAAUUAGAUCUUUCUGGGAAUACUAGAAUAUCGGAAAGCGCUAAAGAUAAACUCGAACAAUUAUUAAAACCGCUUAAGGAUUGUCAAAAGAGCAACGGUGAGUACUGUGUUUUAUCGUAA